UUUAUGAGGCUAAAUCGUCUCUCCAGUCAGUGAAGGAGUCAACAACACCGCGGCGCGAGGGAGAGGAGGGAAGAGGAGGAGUGUCGUCCGCUGCGCCUGCAGGAAUCCUCCACUCGGAAAGUCGCGCCGACACGGAGACGAUGCGCUGACGCUCCGGGCUCCGAACCAACAUCCUCCCAGCUGCGAGAGAAACCACACCAACCCCGGAGAAGUUGUGACUGCGGCGGACAUGAACACCAACGAUGCCAAAGAGUAUCUGGCGCGGAGGGAGAUUCCUCAACUGUUCGAGAGUCUGCUGACAGGACUCAUGUACUACCGACCCGAUGACCCCAUCGACUACCUGGAGGGCUGCCUGAAGAAGGUCCGGGAGCUCGGGGGAGCAGAGAAGGUGCGGUGGGACACUUUUGUGGGGCAGGAGAAGAAGCCCCUCCCACCUCUGAACGGAGGACAAUCACGCCGCUCGCUGUUCAGGAACGUGCUGCCCGAUAGUCCCAACUUUCCCUACAGACGAUACGACCGACUUCCUCCCAUCAGCCAGUUCUCCAUCGAGAGCGACUCGGACCUGUCGGAGACGGCGGAGCUCAUCGAGGAGUACGAGGUGUUCGACCCGUCCAGGCCGCGACCCAAAGUCAUCCUCGUCAUCGGUGGCCCUGGCAGCGGGAAGGGGACGCAGAGCCUGAAGAUCGCCGAGCGCUACGGCUUCCACUACAUGUCUGUGGGCGAGCUGCUGCGGAAGAAGAUGAUCCACAACGCCACCAGCAACAGGAAGUGGAGCCUGAUCGCAAAGAUCAUCACCAACGGGGAGCUGGCACCACAGGAAACCACAAUAACGGAGAUCAAGCAGAAGAUCAUGAAGAUUCCCGACGCCAACGGCAUCGUCAUCGACGGCUUCCCCAGAGACGUGGGGCAGGCUCUGUCCUUCGAAGACCAGAUCUGCACUCCUGACCUGGUGGUGUUCCUGGCCUGCACCAAUCACCGGUUGAAGGAGCGGCUGCAGAGGAGAGCCGAGCAGCAGGGACGACCCGACGACAACCCCAAGGCCAUCGACCGCCGUCUCACCAACUUCAAGCAGAACACCAUUCCGCUGGUCAAGUACUUCCAGGAGCGGGGCCUCAUUGUCACGUUGGACGCAGACAGAGAUGAAGAGGAGGUCUUCUGUGACAUCAGCAUGACCCUGGACAACAAGCUCUUUUGCUCCAAAGAACCUGCAGCCGGUCCCAGCGAGCUGGACCUGAGUCUGCUGGGGGAGAGCGGCGGCCUGGCGGACAAGUACCAGGUGGAGGAGGAGGAAGAACUGAUGGCCGAAGGACCCGAGGAAAGCUUCCGCUCAGAGCAGAGGAAAGCAAAGGUCAUCUUUGUGAUCGGAGGUCCAGGUUCGGGGAAGACGCUCCAGAGCGAGAGGAUGGAGGAGAGGUUUGGCCUCCGCCACGUGACCGUCGGCGACUUGGUGUGUAAUGAGCUGCAGUCGCACUGCAGCAGGGGGCGCCACCUGCGAGACACACUGGAGAGAGGACUCCCUCUGCCUGAGGACGCUGUGUUGGAGCUGGUGAGCGAGGCGGCGCAGCGGCAGGGGAAAGGCCUGGUGAUGGCAGGGUUCCCUCGAGACGUGCGGCAGGCGGAGCAGUACGAGGCCAAGAUGGGCGCCCCGAUCUCCGUCCUGUACCUGAGCUGUUCGUCCGAGACCUCGUCGGCCCGUCUGCGGUGUCGUCGGUCGUCCAGCAGCUCCAGCGUCCCGCUGGACAGUGACCUGCAGCAGCAUGUGGACGGCUUCUGCAGCGACAGCCAGCCGCUGUUGGACCAUUACGAGAGCCAGAAGCUUCUUCACACGAUCGACGCCGAGGGCUCGCCGGAUGACGUGUUCCUCCAGAUCUGCCAGGUGAUGGAGUCCUGCUUCUGAGCCCGCUCUCAAGAGCCCACUGCCCCCCGCGCCUGCAUGUUCCGACUCUCAAACCAAAACCGGUCACUUCACCUUCGGCAAACCAGGACGAGAAGAGGCCGUGCCGACGGCACGACCAGGUCCCGCGUGGAGACAUCAGUGUGCCCUCUGCUCUCUUAUCGUAACAAGCAUGCCACAAUUACAACCAGGCUUCGCUGCUUCUCUGUGCUUGGGGUGACAAACAGGAACUGUCAAGAUUUCUCUGUUUUCAUGCUGGAGUGUUUGUUGAGCGUCAAUAAAACCAGUGCAUUUGAUUCUAUGUGAGCUGACGGCGCCAUCUGCUGGAGGACAGCGGUAGCGCAACAACAUAUCAACCAUAAUAAACGCUCAUUUCUGAGUAAAUGCAAGUCAUUCAGGGGUCAUAAUGUUACGGAAGACUAGGACAUGGUUUGAAAAUGUA